AUGCGAUGGCAUCUCCUUAGCAGUAAAAUCUUUAACACUAAGGCAAUUUUUGGUCCGAAAUGUCUCAAGAAACUCGAAGACCUUUUGAAUGAGCACGAGCGGCAAUACAAUUACAACAAUACGAUUUGGCUUACAUACAACGGGGACCAACAGUCUAUGUUUAAUCGCACAAUCGAGACAGACAGCCUCAUUGAAGCAUUUGAGCUGCCACCACUUGUACCGUAUGAAGACGAACUGCGCGCAAUCGCUGCACCGAGCACUGAAGAAGCAGCUGUGGCAGCUGCAUCUAAAGCGGAAACAUCAGGAUCAAAAAUUGAAAGUAUUGCUUGA